AUGUAUAAUACUAAUCAAGUGGACAAUAGUGAACCAAGUUUUCAGGAUGCUGUCAUCUUUAAGUUUACGAAUGCCGUGUGUGAAAGUUACAACCAAUCCUGGUUCGUGUUCCACAACUGUCGUCUGAAGGCUGUCAGUCGAAGCAAAGUGUUCUUCAAUAUGAAUGGAACGAUAUUACAUCCGGCCAACGAUAUUAAAAUUCAUAUGCGGAUUUUUAAAAAGGCAAAUGGCUACAAGCCAUGGCUUUUCGAUGUAACAUGUGAUGCCUGUCUGCAUUUGCGAAAGCGAAAUACCCCCUUCCUAUCGAUAGUCUAUGGGCUCUUCAAACCAUAUACUAACAUUAAUCACACAUGCCCCUACGUGGGUCCACAGAUUAUUACAGACUUUUAUCUAAGACCCGAGCUACUGCCCCUUCCCUUUCCAACGGGGGAUUAUAUGUUGUCGAUGCGGUGGAUCUUCGAUAAGAAGCUCCAGUUUGAUACGAACAUUAGUUUUACGUUCGUAGAGGAUCUAAUCAAGAGCAAAUAG